AUGUCUCAAGUGCACCUCAUGUUGGCCAUCAUUGGCAGCCUCGCGGUCAUAUUAUCAGUCCGCCAGGUCUUCUGCAUCGUUUAUAAUCUAUUUUACCACCCAUUGGCUUUCUUUCCCGGCCCAAAGACAGCAGCAGCGAGGGAUAUUAAGUACAUCAAACCCCUGCACGAUCAGUAUGGCAGUGUCGUUCGCAUUGCUCCGAAUGAGCUCAGCUUAGCCGAUCCGACAGCCUGGAAAGCAGAGCUCGUCCUUAAGGCUCCGCAUCUCAUCCUCGCUCCGGAUGAAGCUCACUCACGGAUGCGACGGAAGCUUGCACAUGCCUUCUCCGCGGCGGCUGUGAAGGAGCAGGAGUACCUCAUGCGGGUGCAUUUUGAUAAAAUGGUCGACCGCAUUCGAGAGCAGGCCUGGGCAUCUCGCUGCGGGCUCGUUGAUAUGGAGAAGAUGUACAACUGCGUCGCGUUCGAUGUGAUCGGUGAUCUGGCCUUCGGCGAGUCAUUCGGUGCUCUCGAUGCCUUUGAGUAUCAUGAGUACAUGAACGGCGUUUUCAUGAACCUAAAAGUCUUCAGCAUGUUUCAGCGUUUGAGCGUCUACAAAUGGGCGCUGAAAGCUAUUGGAAUGUUGAUGUCAGUGGUUCCAGCAGCCGUGGAGGGCAGGAGAAAGCAUUUCGCUUUCGCGGCAGAGCGUGUCAAAGCUCGCAUGAGCCGCGAGACUGACAGAAAGGACUUCCUUUGGUACAUCUUGAAGCAUAACGAGAAAGAUGGCCGCGGUCUCAGUCGAGAAGAGAUCUACUCCAAUUCCGGACUGCUCAUAGGAGCUGGCAGUGAGACAACUGCCACGACCUUGACCGGAGCGACAUUCUAUUUGCUCAACAAUCCGAAGAGCAUGCAAAGACUCUGCGAUGAAGUGAGGUCAGCCUUCGGAUCGACCUCAGAGAUCUCCAUCGCCACUGCUUCAAAGUUGCCGUACUUGGUGGCCAUCAUAGAGGAAGCCAUGCGGCUAUACCCUCCUGGACCUGCAGCGAAUGUGCGUGUCACAAACCAUGCGAUGGACAUCGACAGUCGCCUCGUGCCACGUGGUACUCGCGUGGCUGUUCAGCAGUGGACAGCGCAUCGAUCCGAGAGCAACUUUCAUGACGCUGAACGUUUCUUGCCAGAACGGUGGCUGGCAAAUGCUGAUGCCAGAUUCGCCAGUGACAAGCGCAAUGCUGUCAACCCAUUCUCAUUCGGCCCAAGAAAUUGCCUCGGAAAGGCAUUGGCGUACGCCGAGAUGUACUCGAUUAUGGCGCGUGUGGUGUACAACUUCGACAUGGAGCUUGACAUCAGAUCAUCGGACUGGCUCAAUCAGCGCGCGUUCAUCUUCUGGGAGAAAGGACCUCUCUGGGUCAAAAUUACACCGCGGACUUGA